AUGGAUUAAAAAAAAGUGGGAAACUAUUAGUUAUUUUGUAAUAAGGUGCUUGGCAAAGGAGCUUUGGGAGAAGUUAUUGUUGGUUAAAGAAUUACUGACAAUAAACUAGUGGCUGUCAAAAUUAUAAAGAAAUAAUAUCUUGAAGGAAAGCAAAAAUUUGAAAAGUAUUAUAUUUGUUUGAAUCAGAGCUGGAUUAAAAAAGAGCAUUUAAAGAGAAAUUGUCAUCUAAAAGUCCCUCAAUCAUAACAAUAUAAUUUAGAUGUAUGAAGCAAAAGAAUCCGACAAUAAUAUUUAUAUGUUCAUGGAAUUAGGAGAUUGCACACUCUAGGAUUACCAAUAAUAACGUACAUAUCAUUUAAGCAUUUAAGAUAAGUUAACUAAUGAAGAAGUUAAGAAAAUAAUGAAAUAAUUGUUGUAGGCUUUAUAUCACAUGGUUAAUUUUAAAUUGACUAAUCCAUUGUAAAACAAUAAGGAGUAUCGUGGAAUCUGUCAUUUAGACUUGAAACCAUAAAACAUACUCAUGAUUGGUGAUAUACCUAAAAUAACUGAUUUUGGAACGUCGAUCUAGAUGAACAUUGAGGUACUUUCAGAAACUAAUUUCACGAGUGAAGAAUUAAGUCAAACUCAUCACUUUUACUUAGGAAAGGGCAGUUUAGUAUGAAUUUAUUGAUGAGGAUAGAAAUAUAUGUCCUAUGAGCAAUUGCUCGGAGAUUAUAUACCAGAAUUAGAGAAAAUAGAUGUAUGGAGUCUUGGAGUCAUUCUCUAUGAAAUAGUAUAUGAAACGCAUCCCUACAUUACUAAAGAAUCUGGUGCUAAUCUGAAUUAGAUCAUGAUAGCAUAAAUGAUCUCAUAGAAAGAAAUAGAAUUCCCUUAAACUAAUUAUGAUUAAUCGGUAAUAGAUUUAUUAAAGGGUAUGUUACAAUUAGAUUACACAAAGAGAUUUAAUUUAUAACACUGCUUAAAUCACCCCUUUUUAAAUUGA